AUGAUUCUGGUUGCUUUUUUCUCUCUUCUCAUCACAAUUUCAUCUGCUGCUAUCACCACUGCUCCACCAAAUGGUGAAGUUGAGUGUGACAUUGUCCCAGUGACGCCAUGUCCUGUUACUUGUGGAGGAGGAUUCCAGCUAUCGAAGUAUGUAUGCGUUGAUAAAACUGAAACAUGUGGAUGCCCAAAGAAUCCGAUUUAUUAUCAAUGCAACAAUCGUCCAUGUCUCGGAAAGAAUCCCACACUUCUUGACACUUUCUAUGAUGAAGAGAACAAGCAACAAGAAGAAAAUGGAGUUGAAUACGUGGAGGACAGUGGAGAAGCAGCGAAACCGGAAGAAAAAAAAUCAGCUUAG